AUGUUCAACGAAACAACUAACCCACUGGCAAGAAACAAAUUCUUACUAUCGACAAUCAUAUUAGGCUGGUCUGGUUGGAGUACUGCAUUAAGUGGGGCAUGUUUACUAGGUGUUAUCAAUGGGGCUUGGUGGAUAGUUGUAUAUGAAUUCGGUAUAUUGGCAGCCAUAAGUUGGACGUUCUGGUCCAAUACGAUUGAUGUCUAUCGAUUAGCAAUAUUGACAUUUUUAGCUGCAAGUAUCCCUCUUUUGACUAUCCAGGUUGACUUUGUACUCCAUGCACAUAUUUCUUUUGAUAAUGUGUCUGUGGGUGCAUACAGUAUUGGUUAUAUAGUUCUGCUUGUAACUCAAUACGUUCUGGUGAUUGUACUUGGCAGUGGAUCGAAUAGUUAUCUUGGUCGGUUGGGUUCAAUUGAUUCAAAUGAUUCUGGUUCUGGUUCUGGUUCUGGUUUUGGUCCUGGCUCUGGCUCUGGUGUUUUUGAGCCUAGAUCAGAAAAGCAAAUGGAACCAUCUGUACAAGACAAAAGAAUCUCGAUGCCUAAUCGGGUCAGAAUCCCGGAAAGUGACACAACGCUUGUCCACAAGUCCCACUCCAGCCCAUCUCUGGCUGCCAAUCUAGAUCGAGAUAUUUACACCCUUUCAAUAGAUUAA